AUGCGGGGGCCAGUCAUCAUGAGAACCUUCAGGAUGAAGGGACAUGAUAUCUGGUUGUGGUGUGUGCUCCUGCUGUGUGUCCUCCACUCCCAUGCACAGGACGAUUACUCUGGUUAUCACUCAGGCGAUGAGCAUACGUAUGAGGGUUCCCUGGUGGACAGAUAUGAUGAACAUUCCGGAUACCCCCACCCUGUGGACUAUUCACCAGAGCCCACACACAGCUAUGAGGAUGAACAGACAGCCUCUGCUUAUGAUCUGUAUGCCUCUGCUCCCACUGUCGUCACAAUGAUCACAGAGGACACUUACCCCUAUGUCGCCACCACCGAGUCCUAUGACUAUGUCAAAGAGGUGACCACCAUGACCACCCAGGUACCCUAUGAGGACCGAUACGCCUCCCGUGGCAGGGACACGGUGCUGGGUGAGGAGGGACCCACUGAAUGCGACUGUGAACCGGGCGAGCCAGGUUUUGCUGGGUUUGCGGGACCCAAGGGUGGCAGAGGAUUACAGGGCAAACAGGGAUUCCCAGGAGCUCAGGGAAGAGAGGGUUACAGAGGAUUCAAAGGGGUACCAGGAAGAGGAGGAGACACGGGCCCUGAUGGUGACUCUGGCCCUGAUGGAGAAGAUGGUGAAUCUGGGUACUCUGGUGCAAUGGGUUUGCCAGGCCUACCUGGUGAUCCAGGUGAAGCAGGUGUGCCUGGAUUAAAGGGUGACUUUGGUUUGGAGGGGCCCAUUGGAGGAGUAGGACUUCCAGGGGAGACAGGCCAUGUUGGUCCAGUAGGAUCCCCUGGUACUGCUGGAAGUGGUGGCGUAAAGGGAUCCAUCGGAAAAACUGGGAAGCGGGGACCACAGGGCAGAGAGGGGGCAAAGGGUCAGAUUGGAGCUCCGGGCUUUUCGGGAGAUCGCGGGGAGCAGGGUUACACUGGCUAUCCUGGAGUCCCAGGAGACAGAGGAGUGCCGGGGCCAAAAGGUGAUCAAGGCAUGGGCGGGCUACCAGGGAGUGAUGGGGAGCCAGGAGAGGAUGGUCCCCUAGGAGUUCCUGGAGUCGUUGGUGUGCCUGGACCAUUUGGAUCAAAGGGUGUGAAAGGGGACCGUGGUGUGAGAGGACCUCCUGGAAGAGUCGGGGCAGUGGGACCUCAAGGAGAGAGGGGAGAUGCAGGUGUACCAGGAAAGCCAGGGCCAAAGGGCUUGACAGGCCAGCCUGGAGCCAAAGGGGAGACAGGACCAGAUGGUGAGAAGGGAAGUGCUGGAAGAAAGGGGAUCAAGGGAGUAAAAGGAGAGAAGGGAAGUGUUGGUUCCCGUGGUGAUAAAGGACAGCGUGGAGUGAGGGGCGUGCCUGGUUCUGAUGGACCUGUAGGUCGUGUGGGACCACCAGGAAUACCAGGUCCCAGAGGUGAUCGUGGUCCCAUUGGAGACCUGGGGGUGAAAGGUCGCAGUGGACCUAAGGGGCUUCCAGGUGACCCUGGUCCCGGUCUGACAGACGAGCAGGUGCUGCAGUUAUGUCGAGGAGUGGUCACUUCCCAGAUCUCCCAGUAUGCUGCCUCAAUACGUGCCAAGUGUGCUCAGGGCUGUCCAAUCAACAACCGCACCCUCAUCGGUCCCCCGGGAGCCAGAGGGCCGACCGGAUCGCCAGGCAAGCCUGGUAAAGCAGGAAAAGCUGGAGCCAAGGGAGCAAGAGGCCAACAGGGAAUUAGGGGUGUGGAGGGACAGAAGGGUGCACAAGGAGAUAGAGGUCCUAAAGGUCAGCAAGGGCAAAGGGGUGAUCCUGGAAAAGGUUUGCCUGGGCCUGAUGGACACCAAGGCCUCAGAGGGUUGCAUGGCCAUCCAGCAGAACCAAAGAAUGGAGCUGAGGGUCCUCAGGGACCACGUGGUUUCCCUGGCCCUGUGGGUCAGCCUGGCAUGGCUGGGGAUGCAGGUGUGCCCGGAGUGUGUGAGGCAAGAGACUGUAGCAUUCAUGCACCGGUUAUGCGCAAAGAGCAGGGCUUAGUGAAAGGUCCCCUCAGCCCAAAGAUAUGA